AUGUCUCUUGAGCAGAACAGUCAAUCCUGCAAGCCCGAGGAAGGCCCUGAGGCCCAAGAAGAAGCCCUGCGCCUGAUGGGUGCUCAGGCUCCUGUUGCUACCUCCUCCUCCUCUACUCUGGUCCCAGGAACCCUGGAUGAUGUGCCUGCUGCUGGGUCACAAGGUCCUCUCGAGAGUCCUUAGGGAGCCUCUGCCUUCCCCACUGCCAUCAAUUUCACUGUAUGGAGGCAAUCCAUUGAGGGCUCCAGGAACCAAGAAGAGGAGGGGCCAAACACCUCUCCUGACCUGGAGCCUGUGUUCCGAGCAGCACUCAGUAAGAAGGUGGCUGACUUGAUUCAUUUUCUGCUCCUUAAGUAUUGAGCCAAGGAGCUGGUCACAAAGGCAGAAAUGCUGGAGAGUGUCACCAAAAAUUACAAGCACCUCUUUUCUGUGAUCUUCAACAAAGCCUCCGAGUCCAUGCAGCUGGUCUCUGGCAUUGACAUGAAG